AUGACGACUUCUACUUAUAGACCAUACUCGAGUUUCACAGAUCCAUACUUGAAAAUUUAUUUUCAAGAUGAACAACGAUUGAAACAACUACGAAAUUUCGGUUUGAUUACUAAGGACAAUGAAGUUUAUCCAGAAACAGUUUAUCAAGAAAAUAUUGCCAUAGCUGAAAGAAGAGAAAAUGCUGCAGCAUUGAAAUCUCAAUAUAUGGCUCGAGAUGAAUUGUACCAACAACAUAUAAAACUUCAUAAAAAGUGGAGCGAACAGGAAAAGCAACAAAAACAACGACGGAUUCAAAGCGCAAAAGAGGCAAGAGAGAGUCGUGUAACUUCAGGCAUACGCCUUCCUGAUUUCACUAGAUGGACUAGAAAAGAUUUUAUUAAGAAUGGUUUUGAAUAUUAUCCUGAUAAUUGUCGUCCGCAGACUGCAACAAUGACAGAAUGGCAUAGAUUAGGAAGAAAAGAUUCGAAAACUGGAUCAAGCAUUUUUGAUAGAAAUCCUUAUCUUGAUUGGCCACCUCAGCGUUCGAAAAAAACAAAUAAAACACGGGCGAUUGGAACAUCUCCAUUUCCACUAUCAGCAUCAACAAAAAGUUCUCAAACGCAAUCGUUAUGUGAUAUGCAGUCUCCUUCAUCUGACAAUAACGAGAUUUUUCCCAUCUUCAACCAUUCAAUACCAUUGGAUCUUUUGGAGAAUAAAUUUUAA